AUGGGAGUGAAACGGUCCUUCGAGACCUUAAUCGAGAACUGUCGUGAAGACGCUCGACUGCGGGUAGCCCAGACCAAUGUUGUAUCCCGCCAUUUGAGGCGCAUCUUCACAGCAACAAAGGCCUUCAAGCACUCAGUGUUGGCAGAUGAUGAUUUGGAGACACUGGGAAUCAAGUUGUCUGAACUCGACCUUGAAGGAGCAUGUUCGGAUGUCCAACAGUCAUUUUACCACCCACUACCAAAAGCAGAAUUACCGGAGAUCAACUGGGACAAUGUGCACUUUUCAAAAUGGCAUGAAGGACGCAGCGAUGAGUCACUCCGGGUUUGUUUGACCCUACAAAGUGUUUCCGGCAGAGUCUUUGCUGCAUGGUUUCAUGAUCGCAAGGACCAAACCUGGGUCCAUCGGCAAUGCUACCGCGCAAGCCCCCGUAUUGCUAGUGGCGAGCAUACGCCAGAUGUACCGUAUUCAUGGCAGACUAUUGGGGAGAUGGAAGCAGAUUCGUUGGAUAUCCCCCACUGCAUUUUCCAGAUGUACAACUACGCUGAUCCCGAAGAACCCCUUCGCCGGAGUGAAGUCUUGCCCAUUGUCGGUUUCAUGCGAUGGCGGCUGAAUCGAUUCAAUUAUAUAAAGCAUCGCACAUUUCCGGUCCUGGUCGUCUCCAUCUUCCGCUCUCAGGCUCGAAUCUUGCAAGCAUAUCACGACGGAGAGUAUCUUCACAUUUCGAAAAGCAAAUUCGUUGAUUUCACCGAGAACUGCCCCAACAAUCUAAAUACUCACUCGUCUCAUUCGUUUAGCCUCGUCCAAGCACCUUCUGGGACGUGCGCCGGACGCCCUCUGUUCCUAGACUGGGGCUCGAUCGCCGCCAUGUCGCCCUCCAAGCAGUCUGUUUCCAUGGCGGACAUGCCAUUCAUCGUCUCCACCGGCACCAAGAAAGUCGAUUCUCGUACCCGCAAACUCAUUCGCAGCCAUGUUAUGAUUGGCAAGAACCGUGGCAAAUCCCGCUAUCGCCAAGCAGGGGCCGAUCCAUCGACUCCGGCGGACGCGUGCACAGACGAGACUUCGGCUCCUCCUGCCGAUGGGGUGGAUUUACCAUUAUUGCCAUCUACACAAGUAUCAGCCACCCGCGCGGCAUCAGAUCUUCCCCGCAGAGUGGGCAACGACAUGUCCUUCGUCCAGCUGGCUGAUGACACCACCAGCCCUGCAGCCCUAGCCACUAUCCUUCGCUUCACUGAACGGGCAAAGACAGAGUUCUACCCGCUUGCCGUAUGCAUAGUGUUCAACGCCUCUAGUCGAUCAUGGGUUCUCGACAUGCUGUCACUAGACGCAGCCUACCUCAACGCCAUGGUCAUCACCACCCAAUCAUACUUUGGUAUCUACAAGGGCCCGGAAGCGGCCCAGUCCCCUCAUCUGGGGAAAGCCAUCCGCCUGCUACGUAAUCGGCUCGGGGAGGAGCAGAUCCGCGUGUCCAAUGCAACCGUAAUGGUCGUCAUUAUCUUGAUUCUGCACGCGCAUAUUGUGGGUGAUUAUGCUGCCGUACUACAUCAUACUCAGGGUUUACGCAAGAUGGUCAGGCUGCGCGGAGGACUAGGAGCAUUUACUUCCAAUAACAAACUAGUCAUUGAUCUUAUCCGAUGCGAUGUGGGACUAGCGAUCCACAGUGGAGAAAAACCCGCCUUUUUCGAGAACCGCGAUCUCGACAUCUUUGUCCCAUCCGACCUUUGCUUCACGCCGCGAUCUCGCCCCGUCCCGUCGUUCGUCCGGGAGCUUGACCCCGGUCUGGCGCGGAUGUGGCACAUUAUGCAGGGAUUCUGUGCCCAGGUCAACUUGACCACCAAGACAAAUGGCAUGAUUCCCGAGACGGAUUUUAUGAAAACAAUGGCCUCCGUCAUGUACCCCCUGUUACACAUGAGCUUUGAGCCCGGGUCCCUCGACGAGGCGAUCCGACUAGCUUUACUCAGCUACGGAUUUGACAUCUUCCUCCAGUUCCGCAGCGACCCGACCCCGUACGUCCACCUGGCUGCCUCUUACCAGCGCUGCUUGAAUGGCUUAGCCAAGCGGAACGACGUCUCUCCGCAACUGUGGAUUUGGUUGUUAACUGUCGGUGGUCUUGUGGUAUUUUUACCCGCCGUCAGGCGGAAUUUCAGGCACUGGCUGCUGUAUUACCUAGGAAGCUGUCGAGUCCGCUCAUGGGAGGAAAUGCGAGACAUCCUCUCCUCAUUCAUUUGGAUUGGACUUGUGCAUGAUGAAGGAGGCAAGGAGAUAUUUGACAAGUUGUUUGCCAAUCUAGAACCCGGGGCGGAGACAUUUGUUGAUCAGACGUCUUCGAGAUUAAUCACGUGUUAGACAUCUUAUAAUUCAUUUGAGCUAGUAUUUGUUUAUGG